GUCGUAAACGUACAAAUGAGCGUCAUCCUGCACGAUGUGCCCCACGUUCGUCAGCGAGAAUCUUGGGAUUGUGGUUUGGCAUGCACCUGGAUGGCAUUAAGAGCUUUGCAAGGGUUAGAAAAUAUGGAAGCGGCUCAGACCUUUCAACAGACUUGUGAUCAACAAGGAUUUGGAAAAAGUGUCUGGACGAUUGAUUUGGCUCAUCUACUUGCACAAUAUGGAGUAUUACAUCAGUUUUUCACAGAAACUCUUGGGGUUGAUCCGUCUUAUGCAGAUCAGCCAUAUUAUAAGACUGAAUUUGAAUCUGCAACCUGCAGAAUAAACUCAUUGUUUGGCAAAGCUGAAGACUUAGGAAUAAAUAUUGGGAAAAGGUUUGUGACUCUUCAACAAUUGUAUGAUCACAUUAAUGACAAUGGAAUAGCCAUUGUCUUGGUUGACAGCAACAUCAUCAACCGUAAGCGGCGAUGGCAUUCGUCUGCUGUUCGUUUCCUCAAGUUCUCCUGCUUCUGCUGCUUCCACGGCACAGAUGAAAACCAAUUGCUUUCCUAUGCUGGUCAUUACAUCGUCGUGUGUGGCUACGACAAGGAGACCAACCAGAUUCUGUACAAAGAUCCAGCACAAAUUGAAGACUUGAGUGUUGUCACUGCCUCCACAUUUGAAGCUGCAAGGAAGGCACAUGGAACAGACUGUGACAUUAUUCUCUUGAAAUUGAGAAAAGAUGGCAACACUUCACAAUAAUUCACAUGCAAGGCACAAAAGGAUGA